GCGCAGCGCAUGACCCAUAUCAUCUAUUACUUGACCUACUCGAAAACUGGCUGCAAGCAGAUGGUAGCAGCUCCAGGCAUCAAGAAUAUCGUCGAUGACCCAUGUGAAUUCGUAAAGCGUAUCAAAACCAACAAACGUCUCAACGAUAAAAAAGGCCAAACUCUCCAGAGAAACAAAGAAGCCCAGAAUUCGCAGAACCCUGAAGCCAAGGCCACCGAACCCAAAGGCAAAGGGGAAAAGAAGGCUGAAAAGCCUACUGCCUCGGCCAUGGAACUGCCACACGCUGCUCAGGAUUCUCCAGGCCCUAUGGGAGUCCAGACGCCUCAGAUUCUUCGACAGACAGAGGCAAUUCCUGCCACUACGCAGAGCCGUCAGAAGCCUGACCCUAUUGGAGUGCGAAUGCCUGUGCACCCAAGCCUGAACGGGCCUAUGUCUGCCACUCCGACCGCCCAGCAGCCUGGCCUUGUGGGAAUUCGAACCCCUGUGCACUCAGGCAUGAACGUGGCCCUGACUAUCACUCCAGAGAGCCGUCAGAAUUCUGGCGUUAAUGCAGUUCGAAUGCCUGCACACUCAAGCCUGAACGGGGCCAUUUCUACCACUCCAAGCCCUCAACAGCCUGGCCUCGUGGCAGUUCGAACACCUGUGAACCCAAGACCUAACGGGAUCAUGUCUACCGCUCCAAGCCCUCAGCAGCCUGGCCUUGUGGCAGUUCGAGCGCCUGUGAACCCAAGACCGAACGGGGUCAUGUCUACCACUCCGAGCCCCCGGCAGCCUGGCCUCAUGGCAGUUCAAAAGCCAAUGCACCCAAGCCUGAAUGGGGUCGUGUCUACCGCUCCGAGCCCUCAGCCUGGCCUUGUGGGAGUUCGGACACCCGUGAACUCAAGACCGAACGGGGCCAUUUCUACCACUCCGAGCCCCCAGAAGACUAACCUCAUGGGAUUUCAAACGCCUAUGCACCCAAGCCCGAAUGGGGCAAUGUAUACUGCUCCGAGCCCCCAGAAGCCUGGCAUCAGAGUGGUUCGAACGCCUCAGAACCCGAGACAGAAUGGGGCUAUAGCUGCCAGACAGCAGAGCCCCCCGAAGCCUGACGAUCUCUCUGGUUUCAUAAGCCCGGAGGCGAUGCAAGGUUUUAUCACCGGCUUGUCUGCCUAUGACCCUACUCCCGUUCUGCGGGAAGCUCCAGUGGUCACUGCCAGUCAGGGGGCAUUUGAUGGCAACCCUGCUACUGUUUCACGCAAUCAGAUGCGUGCCGCAACCCCCAUGAUGGCUCCUGCCUCUCAGCCCAUGAACAUGCCUGCUGUCAUGGGAAAUGUCUAUCCAUAUGGCAUGCAAAUGACGCCUUCGCCUGCCAUGUACCAUCCUAUGUUCCAGCAAAAUAUGGCUAUGGCUGGCUUCUAUCCUUCACCUGCGGUACAAAACCCAUAUGCCACCCCGAUGCAUUCACGGUCUACCUCUGGUGCAAGCCAGCCCUCGAUGUUGGGUUCCCCCUAUCCUACUCCUCAGAGUUUCCAUCGUGGAAUGGCUGCCUCUGGUAUGGAGAACAGGAUCCCCACGAACAUGAUCGCGGCGCCUGUACCCAAUGGGCCUCAGAAGCGGUCGAUCUCUCAAGUCUACGGCCAGCAGUACGAUAACUUGCCUGCCAAUAAGCGUCAGUGCUGAUCCCGGAUCCUCGCACACCAUGCCGAUCCGGAGGCUGUCUCCUCUGCCAAAUACCUUACUAUUUUUGACGACUAUCGAGUUUCCAUAUCUCUGAUUCUGUGAUUGAUCAUGUUUUCUGCUUCUCUCCCUCGACGGCGUCGAAUUUUCCCCU